CUUUUCUGUCUAGGACGCGUCGAACACCCCGCUGCCACUACACACCAUGGACCACCAGAGUCUGGUCUUCGCGUCUGUGUUCCCAGUACCAGCACUCUCGCAUACGACACCUACGCCGAUUGCUACACCCGAGCUUGGAUUUACAGCCCCCGGGCAAUCAUUUGGAGGGCCCUUUGGUGGGGCGAGUGCAGGUAGUCAACACCGCGAGGUGAAACGCAACCUUGCGUGGAGCACAGCAACCAGGUUCCUGAGCCUACCCAAAUUGCCACACGACGAAGGCCACCUCAGCGCGAGAGUUGUACAUAUACAUAAAGGGAAGGAUGUUGUUGAGGCUCUGGAAUACUUGCUGGUCGGCGAAGGGCAAGGCGAGGAGGGCAAAGAAGAAAGCUUGGUAGAUUGGUACACGAACGAAGUCAGGAUACAUUUCGUCAACUACGUACAUCCGGCAUUGCGGUCGAUAUGGGACAAUGAAAUCGCGUGCCAGAACGCGUGGGAAGCCCUUGAGGAGACCCAGCGAAUACUGCUGCAGGUCCAGCAGCUAUACCUCCAACCCUUCAACAACCACAUUCUCCCCAUCUUAGAGCACGAGAGCGCCAAUACAACCUCGAGUACAAUACGACUAGAUACCACAGCCGAGGACCAACACAUAUUUGCUAGCUGGAAGUUCCAACGAGAUCUGCAUGGACUGUUCGCACACGCUCUUCCACCCCAACGAUUUUCGAAGACCCUCAGCUACGUGCUUUACAAUGGAGGGUGUCGUCUUUUCCGCGUAUAUGUGGACAACGGACUAGGCUUCGUUGGUGGUGAUGCGUUGGACGACGUUCCGAAACUACGAAAUGGCAUACUACAGCUGCUUCGAGGCCUACAAGACGUUGGACUAGGGGGAGAGCAGGCGCAGAAGGCGUUCGCUCACGCCAUGGACAAGCUUAUGGGUUCCUUCAUUGUCAGCCAUUACAUGAAAGUGGACUGGUUCUCUCGGAAAUCUAUCAUCAAUCAUCUAAGGCAGUGGGUAAAGGAUGGAUUCAGCCCUCUUGUGCGGCAAGUCAUGGAGGUUCUGGCAGAUGAACCCAAAUCGGUGCAGGCGAACGAUGUCCAACAGUGGCAGGAUAUGGCCAUUGGGAGACUGGGAAGGGCGCGAGUGGAAAAUCUGUUUGAUUUUAUCAUCAAUUGGGACAAGUCGCUGGGUGCGAUUCUGGACAUCAAGGAAUACCUCAAGAUGCCAGGAGCGAAGGUUAAUCUCUCUAAUAGCUUCUCACAACAAGUCUCGAGGCGGUUGCUCCAUGCCGGUGCUACCACAACCUUCAUUCUCAAUGUUUACAUUUAUGUAAUCCGCGCCUUCAACGAGCUCGAACCUAAUGGAGUGCUGCUGGAACGCGCAGCUCGUCCAAUUCGUCGAUAUCUAAAGGGGAGAGAGGACACCGCGCGUAUCGUUAUUUCCAGUCUUCUCACAGACGUCGAAGAUGAAAAUGCAGCCAAAUUCGGCCCUACAAGUGAAAUCUCACAUGAAAUUGCUGCAGAAAUGCAGAAACCUAUUGCAUCGUUUGCCCAGGAACAGGACGAUGACCUGAAUUGGAGCGACAUGAACUGGCAGCCGCACCCGAUGGACGCGUCCCCGGACUAUAGGAAAUCUAAGGUCGAAGACGUGAUUUGGUUCCUCCUGACGCUGUACGAUCGGGAGGACUUCAUCAACGAGCUGAAGCAAAUACUAGGCGACUACCUCCUCCGUGGACACGAUCCAGAAUACGAGAAAGAGACACGCCUGCUCGAGCUGAUCAAGCUCCGCCUCGGCGACGACAAGCUUCAAGCAUGUGAAGUCAUGCUCCGCGACGUACUCGAAUCCAAUCGCAUCAACGCCUCGAUCAACGGGGAGAAGAAACCCGACGAGUCCGCGAUGCCCUUGCCCAUAACACCCAGCCCUCACACGCCCGCAAACAACCAAGCCCAGCCUCGCACUCCAGCAGCAGCACAAGCCCGAUACCCGGCCCCUUCUACCCCUGUUGCGGCGCUCAUCAAACAACCACCAGCAGAACAUACCCUCAACGCGCAAAUCCUCUCCUCCUUCUUCUGGCCCCCCCUCCGCGAAGACGAAUUCCACGUCCCCGCUCCCAUCGCCACGCUGCAACGCGAGUACGAAGCACGCUUCGAGCGCGUCAAAGGCAUGCGCAAGCUCCGCUGGCUCCCCUCGCUCGGCCGCGCCAAAGUCGAGCUCCACCUCACCGACCGCACCGUCGACGCCGAAGUGCAGACCUGGCAAGCAAGCGUCAUCUACGCCUUCCAGGCCCUGCCCGCCGAGAAUCGAAACUCGAAAGCCGAAGAGGGCGUCGCACGCGCCGUCCCCCAGCUCGUCGAACUGCUCGAGAUGGACGAGGGCCUCGUGCGCAACGCGCUCGUCUUCUGGGUCGGCAUGGGCGUGCUGCAGGAAGUGCGGCCGGACGUCUACGCCAUCCUCGAAACCCUGCCCAAGCCCUCCGCCGCCGACAUCACCGCCACCGACACGGCGGGCAACCCUACCACUUCGACGGCUGUUGUGGCGGCGGCCGCGGCGGCUGCGGCGGCGGAACUGCAGCCGUCGGGCGUGGUGUCGACGACGGAGCAGCUGGCGCAGAAUAAGCCGCUGUACCGGCAGUUUGUCAUGGGCAUGCUGACGAACCAGGGCAAUAUGCCGCCGGUGCGCGUGCUGAUGAUGCUGAAGAUGGUGGUGCCGGGGGGUUUCCCCUAUGGGGUUGAGGAGGUGCGGGCGUUGUUGGAGGAGUUGGUCGAGGAGGGGAAGGUUGGGGGAGUUGGGGAUGUGUUUGGGGUUCGGAAGUGAAAAACACGCUUCAGGGGGCAUACCAAAGUAGGUGUAAGAAGGGUGGGCCAUGGAGGCGGUUAAUGACGCCCACGUAUCACGAUCACGAGCACAAGAACGGAGAGAGAGAGUGAGAGAGUCCAUCAAUGAAGAAACGUUUACAAUGUUUAUUUAUGUACUCGGUGGCAUCUACAGACAACAACGACACGCAGAGUUGUCGUGGUUGUGGAGAACUGCCUUUGCUCAUUACCCCUAUUCGAACUCCUGUGGACAGAACACAAGACAAGAAAUUCCACGGCAUUUUUCCUUUGACACACGCGCCGCUUUCGUUCCCUUGCCCAAUCGCGUGGCGUACUUUUCCGUUAGCUAGUUAGCACCGUUUCCGUUUCCCGUAAUCUAAUCCCGUCCCAGUUCCAUUCGUUCCAGACCAGAGUGCCGUCCCUACAGAGAAAGAGAGAGAGCAAAGAGGGGAAGAAAAAAGUGAAGAAGAAAAGAAGAAAG